CCCUCUCAGGAUGUGGUCAAGGAGAUUAUACAAUUCUCCAAGGAUACACUAGAAAAGAUUGACAAGGCUCGCUCUGAGGGCUUGUACCACGAGGUUGUGAAGUUGUGCCGGGAGUGCCUGGAGAAGCAGGACUCGGUGUUUGCUGACACCAACAUCUACAUGCUGAGGAUGCUGAGCAUCGUUUCCGAGGUCCUCUCCUACCUCCAGGCGUUUGAGGAGGCCUCCUACUACGCCAGGAGGAUGGUGGAUGGCUAUGUGAAGCUCUACCACCCCAACAAUGCCCAACUGGGCAUGGCCGUGAUGCGGGCGGGGCUGACCAACUGGCAUGCUGGUAACAUUGAGGUGGGGCACGGUAUGAUCUGCAAAGCCUAUGCCAUUCUCCUGGUGACACACGGACCCACCCACCCAAUUACCAAGGACUUAGAGGCCAUGCGGAUGCAGACGGAGAUGGAGCUGCGCCUGUUCCACCAGAACGAGUUCAUGUACCGCAAGAUGCGUGAGGCUGCCCUGAACAACCAGCCCAUGCAGGUCAUGGCUGAGCCCAGCAGCGAGCCGGCGCCAUCUCUGUUCCAUAAGAAGCAAUGAGGACCUGCCUGGGGUGUGUGUGUGUGUGUGUGUGUGUGUGUGUGUGUGUGUGGCGGGGGGGGCACUGUGGCUCAGGAACUGGGGAGACAUUCUGGAGGGAGUGGGCUUCUGGGGAGACCCUUGAUGGGUAAAUUGGAGUAUUGCUCAACCCUGUUGCUAUGGGAAUGUACUGCUCUGGGUUCCUCAGUGUCAUGUUGGUUCAUCUCAACUCUGUUUAAUUCAAUUUAAUUCAUCCUAUAGCUCAACUCAUCCUACAAGUAUUUGUAGGCCCUAGAGAUAAAGAAGUUCCAAGAGUAGCUGGGGAGGCAAAAUGUAAGCAGACAAUGAAAGCGCUGUGUAAUCAUAAUGCAAUGUAAGCCGUGUGGAGAGAGGGGAGCAGUAGUGGGCCUGUCCGGUGGGUGUGUGUACACGCAGUGUGGGCUAUCGUGGAGGGGAUCUCAUCUGAGCUGAGGGUGGCAGGUGCUUGGAGCCUCAGGUGGCUGCUCACCCAACUGUGCAGGUGUCUCUGGGGCUGCUGGCCUCACCCGUGGUCUGGGAUUGUCAGUGUUUGGGUGACGAGGAUGGGAGAAGUCUGUUCAGGAUGAAGCUGAGGGAGACUUGGAAACACAUAUACCUGGAUUCCCUCAAUUUCCUCUUCCUACAGUCACACACGCCAUGCCUGCACCCACCCCUCCUUCUCACACCAGUGGACAGGACCCCCGCUCCUUCUCCACCUGUGCUCUGGGCUCCUUCCUCCCCUGUCUUGGGCCCGGCUUCACCUAUUACUCCUUCUCCACCCUGGAUCCUUGACAUGUUUCUAGCUUCUUGAGUGUGGUCAGUACACAUGCUGGGGGUGACCGGCAGUAAUAAUGUUCACAGCUGAGUAGUUUUUAAAGGGUUUGUCUCCCAUAGUUAUCUCCUUUUCUCUUUCCUUUCCUUUCCUUUUCUUUCUUUUUCUUUU